AUGGGAGAUUCAUCACUUAGACAUGUACAAACAGCCACUGAGCCAAUCCCCAAAACAAAUUUCAUUCAAAUUUCAUGUGACAACACAUUAUACCCUCUACUGUGUUACAAAUCCCUCUCGAAAUAUGCAAACAAAAUCCAAACCAGCCCCAAACUCUUAGCAAACACUUCCCUCUCCGUCGCCCUUUCAGCCACUCGAUCAACCUCCUUGAUGAUGAAAAAUAUUUCGAAAACUCAGGGCUUGAAGCCGAGAGAGAAAGCAGCCAUGCUCGACUGUGUGGAGGAAGUGAGCGAUUCCGUGUAUCAGCUCCACAACUCUAUGAAGGAGAUGGAGAAAGCUAAUAGUGGUGGCUCCAACUUUGAGUUUCUAAUGAGUAACAUUCAAACAUGGACGAGUGCUGCUCUUACAGAUGAUGAUACGUGCUUGGAUGGAUUUUCGGGGAACGCCAUGAACGGGCAAAUCAAAACUCUAGUCCGGAGUCGUGUUUUGAAGAUUGUGCAUUUGACAAGCAUUGCCUUAGCUUUUAUCAACAACUAUGCUGCAAAUUAA